UUAAAACAAACACAAGAUUUAAUUCAUGAAUUAACUAAUGCAAAAAAUGUUGAAACUUUUGAUCAACUUAUACCAAAAGCAAAAACAACAUUAUUCGAAUAUCAAACUUCAUUUGAACAAUUACAAAGAUUAAGAAAUCGAUGUAACCGUUUGGUUCAAACAAAUAAAACAUCAGAAGCCGUGCAAAAGCUCAGUGAAGUUGAUAGACUUCUCAAUGAAUUGACAAGUCAUCGUGAAAAUCUCGAACAACGUUUAGAUUUAAGCCAAAAAAUUCAUUUUCAAUUAAAUGAAUUUAAUAAACAAUAUCUCUUCUAUGAACAAUGGUUUGAAAAUAUUCAACGAACAAAUCAAAUACUUUCUGAACAAACAUUAACAAUUGAUGAAAAAUUACAACGAUAUCAUGAUAUACAAAUUGAAUUAGAUAAACGUAAACAAAUUCUUAAUACAUUAACACAUGAUUAUCCUCAAAUAAUUCAACAAAUAUCUUCACCUAUUCAACAAUUACUUACAAAUAUUGAACGAUUAAAAACAAGUAUAACUCAAAAACAACAAGAAUAUGAAAAACAAAAUCAUCAACAAAAAGAUUAUCGUAAUCGUAUUGAAUCAUUAUAUGAAUGGCUUAAAAAUAUACAUCGAUAUGAAUCAUUAAGUGAUAAACGUGAUCUAGAUUCUCUUCAAAAAGAACAGAAACGUCUACUUGAUAAUCAUCAAUCUAUCAAUGGAAAAAUUCAUGAUAUUGAUUUAUUAUUACAAAAUAUAAAUAAUUCAAAUUUACCUAAUGAUACUCUACAAAAAUUACAACAAGAAAUGGAACAUUUAAAAGAACGUUUUACUGAAUCAGUUACAGAACUUGAAUCUCGAACAAUAUUUAUUAAAAAAACUAUUAAAGAUGUCGAUGAACAACAACGUAAACAUCGUAAUUAUCAAGAAUCUUUUAAUAAACUUACUUCACUUGUACAGCAAGAUAGUGAAACAUCGGAUAGAUCAAUUGAAGAUGCAUUAAAAUCUCUUGAUGAACAAAUGGUAAAAUUCGAGAAUGAAAAUGAAGAACGAGAUCGACGUAAACGUGAACGUGAACGUGAAUGGCAUUUAUUUAUGGAUGAAAUAAGUUUAUUACGUGAUAAAUUAACUACAUUUAAACAAAGAAAAAAUAAUGGAAAUGAUUCUAUUGAAGACCAACUUCAUUUUAUACGAAAUCAAGAACAAGAAUUAGAUCAAUAUCAACAAGAUUUAUUUCAUUUAAGACAAUACGGACAAACAAUGUCUAUUGAUGAUGGUAAUUCUAUGCCAUUACCAUCAGAAAUUCAACUUUUACAAUCAAUGAUUACUUUCCUAAAAGAUCAAUUUGAACAACGUCGUCAAGGAUUAAUUCAAACUGAACGUCGUCGAGAUCUAUAUCUUAAUGAAUGUAAAUUAUAUGAAGAUACAUAUAAUUCUGCAAUGGAACGUCUUAAUCAUUCAAUUCAAAUAGCAUCUACCAGUGAUCAAUAUGCUCGUCAAUUAUCUGAAUAUAAAACUUAUAAUGAACAAAUAAAUUCAAAACGUCAUGAGAUAAAUCUUUUAUAUGAUCAAUUAGAUCAAGAUACACGUACACGUUAUAUAAAACAACAUCAUCAAUUAGAAAAACGUUCAAAUGAUUUACAAGAUAAAAUAAUUCAACAAAUAAUACGUUCAGAAUAUUUAUUACGAUUAUGGAAAGAAUAUGAAAUAAGACUUGAAGAUUUCAAAGAUCUAAUAGAUGAUAUAGAAAAAAAAUUAUCGUCAAUAAAACGUUUAUGGUCAUUUGAACAAAUCGAAACAGCUUUUGUUCUUUAUAAAGAUUUUAAACAACAUUUAGUAAUUAUUGAACCAGAAUUAUUACAUCUUAAUGAUGAAAUACAAACUCUUUGUAAAGAAUUAAAUGUUAUCUCAUUACAAAAUGAUAUUACACAUGUGAAAGAUAAUUUUAAUAGAAUAGCUAUAGAUAUAAAAGACAAAUUUGAUAGUCACAAAAGUGCAAUUGUAAUCGCUAAUGAUAUAAAACGUAAUUUAAAUAAUUUUGAAGAAAUAUUAAAUCAAUGUUCAAUUGAAUCUCAAACGACAAUACAUGAUGGAGAUGUUACUGAAAUGAAAAAUCAGUUAGACAAAAUGAUAGAUGUGGAAAAACGUCUUGAUAAUAUUGCAGAUAUUUAUUCAAAUACAAUUACAUUAGUUAAACGUUUAACAAGUUAUAAUUUAUAUGAUCUACAAUCAGUAGAAGAAAUAUUGAAAAAUUUCCAUCAAAAUUGGAAAUCCAUUAAAACAAUCGUUUUACGAAAUGAAAAUAUUCUACAUGAAAAUAUUAUCAAUAAUUUACCAUCAAGACAAGCUUGUAAAGCAAUUGUUUCAUUUAUGGAAACAAUAAAACGUUUAUUGGAUGAAGAUCAUGGUGCACCAGUUAAUAAUAAAGAAACUUUAGAAAAAUUACUCAAACGAUAUCGAGAUAUGCAUGUGGAUGUACUUAAUCAUCAAAUGGUUAUUGAUAUUCUCAAUGAAUCAUUUCAACAAGAAUCAAAUGUAGAUCUAACAAGUAUUGAUUAUAUGGAGCAAAUAAAACAAAUUAAUAUUGAUUGGAUUAAAAUAAAAUCAUUGAUUUCUACUCGAAUCGAUAAUUUAGAACAAUUGAAUGAUCAAUUCAAUGAAUUUGAUCAAACAGUUCGUACAUUAUCGGAUUGGUUUCAAGAACAAACAUCUGAUCUUGAAUUUAUGCGAUCGAGAAAUAUGGAAGCUGGUAUUAAAGAUAAUUUACGGCGAUGCAAUGAACUUGAAUAUCAAUUAUCAUCUAAACAACAAGUACUUACAUCAUUAAAAUCGUAUGGUAAUCGAAUGUCAUCUUCAUCAUCAACAUUUCGUAUAUCUGAUCAAGAUGGUACAAUACAAAAUUUACGUCAUUUAAUUGAUCAUUUAUCACCAUCCAUUGAACAAUUAAAAUUAAAAUCGAAAUCUGUUCUAUCAGAUUGGCAAGACUAUAAUCGUAAUUUACUUCAAAUAGAAAAAAUUUUAAGUGAAGCUGAAGCAGAAGUUGAUCGUGUAGAAACAAGUGCAGUAAAUGUUGAAACUUAUGAAAUGAGUACAAGAAAAGCUCAAGAACAUUUACAAAUCAUAGAAUUACAUCGACAUGAAUUAGAACAAAUCACUUCUCAAGGUCGUCAAUUAUCCGGUCAUUGUGAUGAUCAAACAUCAAUAAAAAUUAAUGAAAUAACUCAACGUAUUCAACAACAAUGGACAACAGUUGAACAACGUUUAAAUGAAAUAACUAAAUCAGCACGAGAAGUCGUUGAUAAUUGGAGACAAUUUAAUAGUUCAUAUGUUAAUUUACUUGAUCGAUUGAGUGAACUCGAAGGUCGAUGGUAUACAAUUCAACGAGAAAAAUUUACAUUGGAUGUAGAAUCACUUUUAGAAAAAGCUAAGGAUUUUCAACAACGUAUUCAACAACUCAAUAGCGAAAUAACAAAACUUCAUGAAUAUUCGUUAAAAUUAAAUAAACAUUUACCUCCAAUUGCUGUUAAAAAAAUAGAUACACAAUAUUCUGUUAUUAAAAAUCAAUAUUCUGAAUUAUGUUCAUUUCAAGAUAAACUUUUAACUGAUUGUAAUGAAUUAAAACAACGUGAGAAGGUUUAUUUCGAAUAUAUAAAUGAUUUAACACAAAUAAUUAAUCAAAUUCAAACAACACUUAAAUCUCAACAAAUCAAUGAUGAAAAUGAAACAAAUAAUCUUAAACAACUUCAUGAACUUCAUACAUUACUUGAAUCAAAACAUGAUUUAAUUGAACGUUUAAAUUCAAAUGAAUAUUUAUCCUAUUUUAAACGUGCGAAACAUUUUCAUGAAAUAAUGAUUGAAUAUUCUCAUACAAAUGAAUCAAUUAAAAAUCGUAUAAAACAACUUGAAGGUAAUCAAUAUAAUAAACUUAAUUUUGAUAAACGUUGUCAAAAAUGGAAUGAAUAUAUUCAAGCUAUUGAACAAAAUUCAUCUGUUGUACAAGAUAAUUUACAUACAAAUUAUCAUGGUUUAUUAGAAAUUGAUACGAAUUUAUCGAAUAUAAUCAAUGAUUUUAAUCAACGACAACAUGAAUUAAUACAAUUAGUUAAUGAAGGUAAACAAUUAAUUGAAAAUAAUUUUAUUAUUGAUCAACAAACAUUUAUUAAACUUGAACAACGUUGGCAAACAAUAAUGAAAACAAUUUUAACUAAACAAGAAAAUGUUAAAAAUCUUAUUAAAUUAUGGUUAUCAUAUCAAAAUUAUUUAGAUAAUUAUUAUCAUUUAUUUAAAAUCAAAUAUGAAUAUGAACAAGAACAAUUACAAAAACCAACUAUUGUAUUAAUUAAUCAAAUAGAACAAGGGACUUAUCGAAGUGGAUUAGAAAAUGAUGAAUUAAAAGAUUUAUUAGAUAAAAUUUAUGAAAUCAAUCGAAAACUUCGAAUACAUUCAGAUAUGAAUACACAAAUAAUAUUAGAAAAAGAAUGGAAUGAUUUACAAAAAUCAGCUAAUGAAAUUAAUAUGAAUAUUAAACAAAGAUCAGAUAUACUUUUAACAUUACUUCUUCGUUAUAAUGAAGUUGAUCGAACAUUGGAUAAUUUGAAUAUUUUAAUAAAAUCAAUUCGUACACUUCAACAACAACCAACUGAUGAACUUGAUCAAUUUAUUUUACAAUGUCAAAAUAAAGAUCAUGAACUUAGUCAACAUCGAUAUGAAUUACAACGUAUACGACAAACAAUAACAGAAAUUUCUCCUGACUUACAUUCUGAUGACAUACGUCAAUUAAUGCAAAAACUGAAUUUACUUGAAAUUCAAUGGACUGAUGCUGAACAUGUUCUAACAACAUUAAUUGACGGUUUAACUAAAAAACGUUCAGAAUUUCAUGAAUUUGAAUGUAAAUUUAAACGUCUUUAUGAAUGGUUAGAAAAUUUUUGUAAUCGAGAAAUGAAUUAUCGUAUUGAUGGUUUAACACUUGAAGCAAGUCUUGAUAUAUUAAAAAAUGAAAUACGAAAUUUAAUUUCUGAUAAACGACGAAAUGUAACUGAUUUAAUAAUAUCAUCACGUGUUUUACAAACAUAUUCAAUUGAUCAAAUGCGAUUACAAACAAUUAAGCAACAAACUGAUCAAUUAGAACAAUUACUUAAUAAAACGGAAGAACACAUUGAAAAAAGGAUUAAAAAAACGGAAACAAUCUUAACAAUGUUACAUGAUUUUGAACAAGAUUUAGAAAAUCUUCGGACAUGGAUGGAUACAAUCGAAACAAAUCUACAAAAACCAUUCUCAUUAAAUACAUUCAAUACAAAUGAAUUAUAUAAUUAUCAACAAUUAAUUCUUGCAAUUGAAAAUGAUAUGGAUAAUCAUAAUACAAUAAUUAAUAAUGUUCUUGCACUUGGACAGAAUUUAUUGAAUGAAAGUGAUAUUCGUCCACGAAAUAUUGAUACAAUACCACGAACAAUUCAUUCCAUUGAGCAACGAUGGAUAUCAUUGAAAGAUUUAAUAAGAAAAAGAAAACUUGAAUUAGAGACUAUCAAUGUAUCAUGGAAAGAUACUGAUGAUGGAAUAAAACGUGUAUCGAAAAUGAUUACUGAUCAUGAAAGAUUUGUUAGUGAAAUUCGAAGAACAAGUGGAGAAGGUGUACAAGGAAUUAAAAAUGAAUAUAAAAGUCUUGAGAAUUUCAAACGUACAUUAGAUGAUGAUGGAAAAGAUCUUCAACAAAUAAUAGAUUAUUUUUCUGAAUCCAUUCGUGUUCAUCCAAUAGCUGAUACUUCAAAUGAAAUUCGAAUAAAACUUAAAGAACUUAAUAAUCGUUGGACUACAUUAAAUGAAACAGUGCAUGAAACAUUAAAAAAUCUUAAAUAUAUGUUAAGUAUUCAUGGUGAUUUUCAAUUAACACAAGAUUCUUUAGCACUUUGGUUAACUGAUCUUGAUGUAGUUUUAACGAAUCUUGAACAUUUAUCAGAAGCAUCAUCGAAAGAAAAAAUUCGACAAUUAAAUGAAAUGGAUGAAGAAAUUCGAGAAAAACAAACAAAAAUUGAAUAUGUUCGAACAUGUGCAAAUUAUUUACUUGGUAAAACAAUUGAUGCACGAGGUUUAACAAUAAAUAUGAAUGAAUUAACAAAAUUUUGUCAACAAUUAAAAGAUUUAACCAAACGUAUUAGUAAACUUAAGAAGAAAUUAACUAAAUCAAAAGCUCAUACUUCACCAUCUUCAAGAUCUCGUUCUCCACAACGUUUACUUCGUUCACGAGAUCGAUUAUUUCAUUCAUACAAUCAAAUAGAAUGGGGAGAUCGAUAUGAACGUGCUCAAAAUUUAUUUUCUGAUUUUGAAGAUAUUCUUUUACAAAUUAAUGGAGAUUUUCUUGCUAAAGAAGAAAUAAUUCGUUCAGAAAUACCACGUGGUGUUCAUAUUGAAGAUUUAUCUAAUGAAUUUACUUAUACUCGAAUAUUAACAACAACACGUCGAAAAAUCGAUGCAUUACGUGAAUUAAUAAAACAUAUUGAAAAAGAAUUAAAUCCUCUAUUAGUUGAUGAUCUUAAUAAUGAUCCAGUAGUUAUCGAUAUUAUGGAAAAAUGGAAACGUUUAGAAACAUUAGCUCAUGAUAAAGAUGAACGAUUAAAAGAAAAUCGUAAACAAUGGAAACAUUUUCAACGGCAAUUAGAAGAUCUUGAACUUGCUACUCAACAAUUAACAAAUCUUAAUUAUUCAGUACCUCGUACUGUUUAUUCCAAAGCAGAUGUACACCGUGAACAAGUUCAUCGAUUAGAUGAAUUACAAACAUUAUUUCAAACUAUUAGAAAUAUAGCGGAUCAAUUUAGUGAUAAUACAAGUGAAUGGUUACUUAUUGAACAUCGUCUUCAAUCAAUAAAAGAAAGUUUUGACCUUUUAUCACUUAAAACAAAUCGUGAACAUCGAGAAAUUAAAACAACUCUUGUUCAAGCUGAAGAUAUAAAACGUGAAAUAUUAGGAAUAACUUCUCAAUUAGAUCAUCUUGAAUCAUUGAAUCAUUCACUGGAACCCGUUGAUGAAAAUGAAUUACAUAUAAGUAUAAAUCGUACAAAACUUCAUCGUUUUAUUCGUAUUCAUGAUGAUCUUGAUAUUCUGAAUGAACGGUUAAUUUCUCUAAAUGAACGCUCUGUAUGUCUACUAUCUGGUGAUCAUUUACGUAUAAAAAAUGAUUUAAAAUUAAUAACCGAUCGUUUAAAUUCAAUAAAACGAAUUGUGAAAAUUUACCUUGAACGUUUAGAAAAAUUCUUAGCAAAACAUGAAUUCCAUGAAAAUAUUUUAUUAACAAAUCAUUCAACACUUAGAUCUUCAAAUAGCAAUCUUCAGCGUGUUUAUCAAUGA